UCUAACUCAAACCACAGAAACAAUGACAGAUUUAAUCGCUACGUCCUUCAUCUGAAAACAUCAACAUUGAGCUGCAACCAUGAGUCAGGCACUAAAAGGACAGCAGAAGAAUAAGGAAUUGUUCUUAAACUUCUAAACACCAGCAGGUCUUUUCUGUACUCUUUUUCAUGAUGUUUGGUGGAGGAUUAGUUUAAGCUUUCUGCAAAGACUUCUUACUGUUUUGUUAAAGAUUAAGUAACUUUAGCCAUGACGUGCUUAUAUUUAUUUACAUCUAGCAGGCAGACAUUACCGUAGAAACCCUCUAAACCUUUAAAAAUGUCAUCCGUUUGUGUCUCAGCCUAAAAAUAUCAAUGGCUGAAGCCUAAUUAGGAUUUUUCUGCACAACUUUAAUUCUCCUGAGAGUAUUCACUCAUUAAAAAAUAAAAUUUGAGUUAAGGUUUAAAGUUAAAGUUAAUGCAGGUGAAGUAGAUUCCCUAAAGAGAGGUCAGCUCUCGAAAAUUUUCUCAUGAAAUCUGUGUAUGGGAGGCAGGCGUAAAUAUAUAAAUACAGGAAAUUGCAGGUGUGUUCCUACCUGGGUGUGGAGACAAAUACACUCAGCAUACUCUCUCUGCCUCACACAAUCCCUUUUACUCAAAGUCGGAGAGGCCUAAGGUGCACUUUCAGUUCUCAGAAGUAAUUUCAGAAAUCUGCCCUCACAGUUUUUGUGACAUCGCGCAAAACAUAAGGCCAACAAAAUGAUGAAGGAUGACUUUCCAGACACAUUCAGGAACAUCAGUCGAAAAGCCGGCCUGCAGAUAUGGACCAUCAAUAACAUGAAAAUGGUUUCUGUUCCAACCAAGGCUUUUGGUAACUUCUUCGAGGGAGACUGUUACAUAGUUCUGAACAUUCGGGAGAAUAAAGGAGCAGCCCAGUCCAUUGAUGUCCACUACUGGAUCGGAAACUCCUCCUCCCAGGAUGAGCAGGGUGCUGCCGCCAUUUACGUCACCCAGCUGGAUGAGUACCUGGGCGGGAGUCCGGUGCAGUACAGGGAGGUUCAAGGCUAUGAGUCCCCACAGUUCAGGAGCUAUUUUAAAAGUGGCAUAAUUUACAAGACAGGGGGGGUGUCUUCAGGUUUUACCCACGUUGACACAAACUCCUACAAUAUCCUGCGCCUGAUGCACGUGAAGGGGAAGAAACACGUCACAGCAAAAGAGGUGGAAGUGUCAUGGAACAGCUUCAACAAUGGAGACAUUUUUCUCCUGGACACGGGAAAACUGAUAGUGCAGUGGAAUGGACCCCAGAGCAACAGGACAGAAAAACUUAAGGCAGUUUUGUUGGCUCAGGACAUCCGGGACAGGGAGCGAGGAGGCCGUGCUCAGAUUGGGGUGGUGGAGGGAUCAAAUGAGCGGGAAUCACCAGAGCUGAUGAAGAUCAUGACGACGGUGCUCGGAGAAAAGCCCAACAAGCUGAGGGACGCCAUUCCUGAUGAGAAGCACGACCAGAUGCAAACUAACAGUGUCAGACUCUACCACGUUUUUGAAAACGGUGGGAAUCUGGUGGUUCAAGAGGUGGCCACACAGCCUCUGACUCAAGACCUGCUGCUCUCCUCGGACUGUUUCAUUGUGGACCAUAAAGGGUCCAGUGUGAUGGUCUGGAAGGGCAAACGGGCCUCAAAGGUAGAGCGACAAGAAGCCAUGAACAGAGCUUUGGGCUACAUUAAAGCUAAAAACUAUCCACCCAGCACAGGAGUGGAGGUGAUGAGUGAGGGAGGAGAGUCUGCUAUGUUCAAGCAUUUGUUCAAAUCCUGGACAGAAAAAGGACAAACCAAGGGUCUCGGAAACACACAUACAGUUGGAAAAAUAGCUAAGGUCGAUCAGGUCAAAUUUGAUGUGAUGGAGCUUCAUGCUCACCCUGAACUGGCAGCUCAGCAACGCAUGGUGGAUGACGCUUCUGGUGACGUGACGGUGUGGCGCAUUGAAAAUUUGGAGCUGGUAGAGGUGGACCCAAAAACGCACGGACAGUUCUAUGGAGGUGACUGCUACCUGGUGCUGUACACAUACUUGAGAUCCAACCAGAAGCAAUAUAUACUGUACAUGUGGCAGGGACGUCAUGCUACUCAGGAUGAGAUCGCAGCGUGCGCCUACCAGGCUGUGACUGUAGAUUCCAAGUACAAUGGAGCUCCUGUCCAGGUCAGAGUGGUCAUGGGGAAGGAGCCACGCCACUUCCUGGCUAUUUUCAAAGGCAAAUUCAUCAUCUUUGAGGGAGGAACAGGUCGGGCUGGUGCAGCAAACCCUGAAAGCAGCACCAGGCUCUUCCAGGUCAGAGGAACCAAUGAGAUGAACACCAAAGCCACUGAAGUUCCGGCGAGGGCUUCGUCUCUGAACAGCAACGAUGUGUUUCUUCUGAAGACUGACCGAGUUUGCUACUUGUGGUACGGAAAGGGCUGCAGCGGCGAUGAGAGGGUGAUGGCGAAAACAACGAGUGAUGUGCUUUUCAGGCAGGACAAGCAAGUGGUGAUGGAGGGCCAGGAGCCAGCUAACUUCUGGGUUGCGUUGGGUGGAAAGAGCUCUUAUGCGAGCGACAAACGGCUGCAAAAGGAGGAACUGAUUCACAGUCCUAGACUGUUUGAGUGCUCCAAUCAAACCGGUCGCUUUAGGAUGACGGAGGUAUACGACUUUGCCCAAAGCGACCUGGAUGAAGAUGAUGUGAUGCUGCUGGACACCUGGGAGGAGCUCUUCUUGUGGAUUGGAAAACACGCCAACAAGUCUGAAACAACAGAUGCAUGGAAGAGCGCACAGGAGUACCUGAGGUCUCACCCGGCAGGCCGGGACCCGGAUACGCCCAUUAUUUCCAUCAAGCAGGGAAACGAGCCCCCUACCUUCACUGGCUGGUUCGAUGCAUGGGACCCCCUGAAGUGGAAAGGAGAAAACGCCUAUGAGGGGAUGAAAAACAAGAUGAGUGAUCAAGUAGAUUAUAUGGCACAUAUCACUGCAGACCUGAGCAACGCUGGGAUAGGAGGGGAUGGCUACCGGGCUCCAGGUGGACCCAUUAGUUCACCUCCACCCUACAGGACCCACGGGUUUGAUAUUUCCCCCAAAUCCCCAACCAUCCCAAAAGCCAAAAUCCCUCCGUUUUUCACAUCUGUUGAAAGCGGGAAGUACUUGGACCCUAAGCUUCUCGUCAACAAGGAAGCCAGUGAGCUUCCAGAAGGUGUGGACCCCAGCCAGCGGGAGGAAUACCUCUCUGACAUGGACUUUGAGAGCCUGCUUGGCACCAACCGCGCAGACUUCCAGCGCCUUCCAAAGUGGCGUCAGAAUGACUUGAAGAAAAAAGCAGGGCUUUUCUGAGAAGAUUUUCACUGAUUCGCUACACAGAAGAGUCGCCAAACCUGUCUGAGACCUAUUCUGAGAAUCAUCUUUGAAGCACAAGAAUAGCCCACAUUACUGAGAAUAAAGGAGUGCCUAAGCAGAAUGUUUUAUUUACUAUGACAUUUUUUGUUAUGAAAGAGGGUACAGUGAUUCAUUUUUGCAGACAAAUUAGAUUAUUCAUAAGAUUUUUCUAGAAAUAGCUGUUUUUAAGGCAAAACAGCAUUAAUGUAUCAUCUUUCUUUGUGUUUACCAAUGUUUGCCAAUGUUUUCAUGCUCAAUAUCUGCUUGUUCGUUAUCCAAUGACUCUUAUACAAUGAAUAAAGACGACAAUUUGAAGAUAUUCUUUAUUCAAGAACCAGUGCAAAUGCAGCUGCGAGUUGUCAAUACAAAGAUGUAAGGUGUGGUCAAACAGCCGACGAUGGUGAAUAAACAGAAGGAUUUUCCUUUAA